AAGGUGUCAGCAGCAGCGAUCGCCCCGAGCUUACACUGCACCGGCUGCUCCCGGCCUGGGCGCUCAGCCCCGCCUGCCCCCGGGAGGGUGGGUGCCGGGCGGAGAGUUGGCAGCCGGGCCCUGGGCUCCCCGGGUACACGGCGGUGCCGGAGGCUGCCGGUCGGCACGUUGUCGAGGGUGGUGGGGUUGGACGGGGCGAUGCUGGGGCUGAACGGGGCCGGCUUAAAAAGAUCGUGAAUCUCUCUCUGAAAAAGAGGCAGCGCAACUCUCCAGCCAGGGAGCGAGUCCGACCUCGCCUUAGGAAGGCGGAGGGGGCGAUUGGAGAAAGCGGAUGUCUAGGAGUUGGGAGUCUCCUGUUGUGUUCCCGGCUCUGUGUUACUUUGGACAAGACACUUAACUGGGUUUCUGGAAGAGAAGAAACAACUGAAAUUUGUGAGCUGUCUGAGAAUUCCGAGCACUCAAGUGCAGAAAGUGAUGGAGAGAGUGAACCAGAGCAGGUCUCCGUGUAUCACAAGCUACUGGCCACAUUCAAGACUAUUCCAGAUGCCAACAAUGAAGAAGAUGACGAAAAUGAGUCUGAAGAAGGUGAUGAAAGUGAUGAGGACGAAACAGGCAGUGAAGAGUCUCAGGAGGGUGAAGAUGGAGAUCAUACAGCUGGUGAAGAAGAUGAGAAUGAUGUGCAGGACCAGGAAGAAGCUAAAGACACAGCAGAGCAGAUGCUUGGCCAGGAGCAAGCCGAUGGAGCAGAUACCUCUAGUGACCCAAAACAUGGAGCAAGUGAAGAGUUCACCGAUGUGAAACAUGAAUCUGAAUUUAGCCUGGAAACCAAUUUCAUGGACGAGGAGAGUGGUGAUUACAAUGCAGAUGAGAGGGAGAGUAGCUCUUCUGUCAUGGUUUCAGAAGAUCCAUUUAAGCAACAUAUGAACAAAGAACUGGAAGAAAAAGAAAUAGGAAACAUUUCAGCACGUUCUAAAAAUACAAUUCAGCUGAAGUGGCCAACAUUGGGCCAGUUAGUUUUUUCUUCUUCGUUACAGCAGCCGAGAACUUUUAAGCCAGAUAAAGAAGCUGAUUUGAAACGGCUUCAUCUUCACAAGACUUUAGAAUCCACCUGGACAAAAGUGAACAGCCAGUUCUUAUCCACACUGACUAGACAGAACAAACACCCAUUUACUCUGUUACAAAAGGAACUCUUUUGUAUUAUGAAUCGGUACAAAGACUUGUUCUACCCAGAAAGAACUGCUUUAGGGAAUGGGGAAGAAGUGCGUCAUGCUUACUGUCUGCAUGCAGUGAAUCACGUCCUGAAGGCAAAUGCCCAGGUUCUCAGCAAUAAUGCCAAACGAAGAGAUCAGAAGCCAGCAGUUGAUAAUGAUGAUUUCAGGGACCAAGGACUCACUAGACCUAAGGUGCUGAUAGUAGUGCCCUUCCGUGAAUCUGCCUUACGGGUGGUGCAGAUUUUCAUCAGCCUCCUUGAGUCAGGGAGUAAAAAACAAAUAGAUGUAAGUAACAAAAGGCGCUUCAAAGGGGAGUUUGGUUCUGAUCCAGAUGAGAAACCUCCCAACCUGAAAAGACCUGAAGAUUAUGAAGCUGUGUUUGCAGGCAACAUUGAUGACCAUUUCAGGAUAGGGGUUGCUAUUCUUCAAAAGAGUAUGCGAUUAUAUGCACCAUUUUACUCUUCUGAUAUCAUCAUUGCCUCUCCCCUUGGCUUGAGGACCAUUAUUGGGGCAGAGGGGGAGAAGAAGAGAGAUUUUGAUUUCCUCUCAUCGAUAGAAAUUCUUAUAAUUGAUCAAGCAGAUGUUUACCUAAUGCAGAAUUGGGAGCAUAUUCUGCACCUGAUGAACCACCUCAACCUCCUUCCUUUGGAGUCCCAUGGUGUAGAUUUUUCACGAGUGCGCAUGCUGAAUCUGAAUAACUGGUCAAAGUAUUAUCGUCAAACGCUACUGUUUAGUGCUCUUCAAGAUCCCCAGAUUAACUCUAUCUUCAAUAAGAACUGCUUCAAUUACAGAGGGCAGGUAGCUGUAAGGAACGUACCCUCGAUUGGCUCCAUUAGCCGUGUUGUGGUACAGCUUCCUCAUGUCUUCCGAAGGCUGGAAGCUGAAAGUUCUAUUUCUGUAAUGGAUGCAAGGUUUCAGUUCUUCAUUGACAAAGUUUUGCCUGAGUAUCGUGAUGCAAUCAUGUCACAUACACUUGUUUACAUUCCAUCGUAUUUCGACUAUGUGCGUCUUCGAAAUUACUUCAAGAAGGAAGAGCUGAAUUUUACACACAUCUGUGAAUACACCAAAAAAUCCGGUAUCUCCAGAGCAAGACAAUUCUUCCUCAAAGGAGAGAAGCAGUUCUUAAUUUUCACUGAACGCUUCCACUUUUACAAAAGAUACCUAAUAAGGGGCAUCAGAAACCUCAUUUUCUAUGAGUUACCGACCUACCCCCAUUUCUACAGCGAGGUUUGUAAUAUGCUGACGGCCACAGCCAGUGGAGAGGAAGCUACUUGGACUUGUACCGUUCUCUAUUCAAAGUAUGAUGCUCAGAAGUUGGCUGCUGUGGUCGGUGUAGAUCGUGCUGCUCAAAUGCUGCAGUCUAAAAAAAACGUGCACCUUUUUGUUACUGGAGAAAAUGAAUGAACAAAGUCAUGGACCGAGACUCUUAUUGUAUGGACUUGGAUCUUUUUGUCUAACAUGCACUUUGAUGCUGUUUUUUAAAAAGUGUUUGGGGGAGGAGAAGAUGUAUCAAAAAUAUUUUGUUGGAAUUUGUUUUACAGGGUUAAUUUGUAUAUUUAAAUACUCCCACUUAAGCCAAUGAGGGAAGUAAAAGGUGCCAUUUAAGCAAA